CCCCACCCCCUGUCCGGCCUGUUACAGGCAACGAAUGGAGUUUGGCAGUUGAAGCGCGGUGGCUCCGCCCCACCGCUCUCCGCUUGGGCUACUCGCCGUGAGCGGCCCCUCCUUUCCCUUCAGUUGCUCUGGUGGCAAGGAGGGAAAGGAGGCAGCUAGUCGUUCACCUCCUCCUGCCGGUUUCGGGAUCAUCGGGGAGAUUCCUUCCCCGCCCUUUGCCCCUGCGCGCGCCUCCAGAGCUUCUGGGUAACGGUGUUAUAAUAAAGCUGUAGAGAUAGCGCAGGAUCCCACGCACCCUGGAAAUGAUCUCUUUCAGCUUCUGCCUUCGAGAAGGAGAUGCAGUUUAUGUUGCUUUUCAGUCGUCAGGGGAAGCUGAGACUUCAGAAGUGGUAUGUCCCGUUAUCUGACAAAGAAAAGAAGAAAAUUACAAGAGAACUUGUUCAAACGGUCUUAGCCCGUAAACCGAAAAUGUGCAGCUUUCUGGAGUGGAGAGAUCUGAAGAUUGUCUACAAAAGAUAUGCAAGCCUCUACUUCUGCUGUGCCAUUGAAGAUCAGGAUAAUGAGCUAAUAACUCUGGAAAUAAUUCAUCGUUACGUAGAAUUACUUGAUAAAUAUUUUGGAAGUGUAUGUGAACUUGAUAUCAUCUUUAAUUUUGAGAAGGCUUAUUUUAUUUUGGAUGAAUUUCUUUUGGGAGGGGAAGUUCAGGAGACCUCAAAGAAAAAUGUUCUGAAAGCCAUUGAACAGGCAGAUCUAUUACAGGAGGAAGCGGAGACACCUCGUAGCGUACUUGAAGAAAUUGGACUGACAUAAACCUUCUUUGCUGAUGUCUUGUGUGUGUUUCAAAUAACUGUAAAUGUUCACUGCCUCAUUUAAUGUUAGCUAAUGGUGUUAUGAUGCUAUAUGUCAGUAUUACUGUUCUGCUAAGCUACUUCAUUCAGGCCUACAAGAAAAAUACCACUUACUGUAAAAUAAAAGGGAGCAAAAGUUUUUUUAAAAAAACAUUUUGAGAAUAAUAAAAGGGAUUUUACAGUGAUUUAAGUCACAGUAUUGCAUUAAAUCAUAGGUGGCAGUUUCAGUAAUUAUAUUUUAUAAAUUACUUUGCCAGUUGCCAUUCUGCAAUGUACCAGAUGCUGUACAGUACGCCAUAUACUAAAAAGUAACAAUUACAUUUGGUAACAAAGUGAAAUGUGUUAACUUGGCUUUGUGCAACCAAAUACUUUUACUAUAAAGUCAGCACGUGUUAAAACUCGGCUUAGGUUAUUACAGAAGAUUGGGGGGAAACAACUGUUUACGGCUGUCUGUUAUACCAAAGAAUCCUGCUACGGUCUGUAAGUCAAACAGUUGUGAGCUGUUAGGUAUCUUCAUUUUAGCAACAGAGUUGUAAACAGAACUUCAUCAAAGCAAAUGUGAUAACUUAGUAAUCUUUUUACAAAGGGAACACAGGCUGAGACCACAUAACAUUGUGGGUGUUUUUUUUAAAGGAAAUCUUAUUUUUUACUAGUUUAAUUCACUCUGGAGUGCAUACUUAAUUAUUUUGAAAGCAUAAAGUAGUUAAGUCAUAUAGAUAUUGUUGAAAAUCUCAAAGGAAAAAUGGAAGGGAAUAUUACAAAACAUAUGUAUAUGUUGCUGAGUAUUAUUGAUUAUAUUUUAAGCCAGAAUCUGAGCAGCUGCUUGGAUAACUUGACAAUUUAUGUGCUAAUGGUAAUCUCUUUUCUGCCUCACACAAUGUUCAAUGCAGUUGGAAAGUGACUCUGUACACAGAAGUAGCAAAUCUUCUACAAGAACAUUUCUUUAAAUAACUGGCAUGCCUCCACACAGCUAGUUAACAAAACAAGGCUAUAAUCCUAUACACACUUUACCUGGAAGUAAGCAUUGUUGAACAAAGUAGGACUUGCUUGCAGCUAAAGAUGUGUAGGAUUAAACUGCAUGGGUAUCACAAAGCCAUAAUCUAUUUACUGUAAUGCACAUUCUACUAAGUUAGUGCUAGGAAAACCUCAGUACAGAGCAACUGCUGCUAAAAGCAGCAUGACUUCCCUCAUAAGUAUCUAUGUACAUGUUCUAGCUCACAUACCCGCCCAAUAACAUGUGACUGAUUUCCUCUUCUGUGGGUCUGAUUGUUGUGAUUGUGCUCCAAAGCAUCCAAAUACUUUACCACAGAUGUGGAAGAUCAUUGCUUCAUGUCAUACUGUUGACAAUAGAGCCUUAUGGAAAUAAUAUGUUUGCUUAAGGAACACAGGAGCCCUGUUCCACAUUUCACUCAUGAGAAAUGUGGAAUUCUGAAUUUCAGGUGACUUUGGAGUAGCCCCGUGUGACAUUGAAGUGAUUAAGUUACUUGACAUUUUAAAAUGUCAUCUAAAAAAGCAAUUUUAUAUGUGUAUUCCAAACAUGUUUAAGGUUUACACCGUUGCCUUGUAUGUGCUUGGUUGGAAAAGCUUUGUUGUGAUUGUGACAUAAGCUGUGUGAACACUGUCUUAGUAUCACACCAGUUUAGUUGUAAUAAAUGUCCAUUUUUAAUCCA